ACUCUGAGCGACAGUCGAAACUGCUUGUGUGAAGUUCUGUGUCCCGAGGUGAAAAAUAAUCGUAGUCGGAUCGAAAAUCCUGCAUUUAGCUGUAAACAAGAAUCUACCUUGAUUUGUCUUAUUGUACCUACGAAUUAAGUAAUUGUCGAAUAAUUUUGCUUGUGAAAGUUCGCGUUGACAAACAAAUCUCGAGAAAAUGAGUGAACAAUUUGCGAGACUGCACGGAUGUAAUGUUCUUGUCAUCGGCAACAAUGACAACCUCGUCAACAAAUAUGGCCACACCGUUACGAUUAUCUGUGGCUAUGAUCCACAAGGAAUGAGUGUACGAAUUUUGAAGGAAGGUACUCAACAUCAGCUAGAAGAGUAUCCCGUCAGUGCGAAAACGAUUCAUCUCAAUCAUGGUCCAACAUCACAUAUUUUCGUAGUUGGAGGAGACAUGCUAUACAUAAAGUUUGGCUCUAAAGCCGAUUGCCAGCUGUUUCGGCAACUGCUGCAGAAAAUGUCCGGAAAAGUCAACUCAGUAUUCAACCUCCGCACGGAGGAUUCAUCAGCAUCACAGUAUUUCCAGUUUUAUGGGUAUCUCUCGCAACAGCAAAAUAUGAUGCAGGAUUUCGUCCGAACAAGCACUUAUCAGCGUGCGAUCUACAGUAACUCGCAGGACUUCCACAACAAAGUUGUAUUGGAUGUUGGUGCUGGUUCCGGUAUUCUAUCGUUCUUUGCCGUCCAAGCCGGUGCAGCUAGGGUUUACGCAGUGGAAGCUAGCAAUAUGGCCCAAUAUGCACAGCAGCUGGUUCAAUCAAACAAUCUCGAAGGAAAAAUUACCGUCAUUGCCGGCAAAAUAGAAGAGAUUGAGCUUCCUCAGAGGGUAGACGUUAUUAUUUCAGAGCCAAUGGGCUAUAUGUUGUACAACGAACGCAUGUUGGAAACAUACCUGCAUGGUAAAAAAUGGCUUAAACCGGAUGGAAAAAUGUUUCCCUCUCGAGGUGACCUCCAUGUAGCUCCAUUUACGGAUGAAGCGCUUUAUAUGGAGCAGUACAAUAAAGCUAAUUUUUGGAUGCAAACUGAAUUUCACGGAGUAAAUUUGGUGGCUUUAAGAGAUGCGGCGAUGAAAGAAUAUUUUCGACAACCGAUUGUUGAUACAUUCGAUAUUCGCAUUUGCAUAGCCAAGUCGAUUAGGCAUACAACAAACUUUUUAACAGCGGACGAAAAAGAUUUACACCGUAUCCAGAUUGAUGUGGAAUUCCACAUUUUAGAAACUGGAACUUGCCAUGGGCUGGCAUUCUGGUUUGAUGUGGAGUUUGCAGGGUCAUGUUCGCAAAUUUGGCUCUCCACAGCCCCAACAGAAUCAUUGACUCAUUGGUAUCAAGUGCGUUGUUUGCUUCAAACUCCAAUUUUUGUCAAGCAAGGUCAGGUGCUUUCCGGCAAAGUUGUAUUGGUGGCUAAUCAAAGGCAGAGUUACGAUGUUGAAAUCGAUUUGAAGUUGGAAGGAACAAUGAUCACUUCUUCCAACACAUUAGAUCUGAAAAAUCCAUACUUCCGAUACACCGGUGCUCCGGUUCCAGCACCACCUGGCUCGAAUACUACAUCACCUAGCGAAGCAUAUUGGGGACAAUUAGAUGCCCAAGGAGCUAGAAAUGCCGUUAAUCUUGUGAACGGUAUCACUGUCAAUGGCCUUGGAGAGGUCGACAUGUCCAUAAUCAAUACCAAUCUGAUGCCUAUUGGAAAUCAACCAAACAUUCAUCCUGGUUUGAUCUCCAGUACCGGAAGACAACAAUCACAACAACAACAAGUGACACCAACUCAGCAGCUGACGAUGAACCCCACGAUCGCCUGUGCAGCAACAUCCACUCAAAACGUAGCACAGCAGCAGCUUAUCGGCGGAGCAAUUUCUCCAUCCUUAUUUACGACACCGGCUCAGCAGAUUAUGAACAGCCACCAUGCACAGCCUAUUCAUGGUAGUCAGUUCUAUUAGAAAUGCAUUAUAUAUACCAGGCCAGCAUAUUCAUCCACCAGACAACAUAACAACCACACAUACAUUUACAAAACACACACGCUUUAUCAUCGCCGUUCAAGUUCACAGCGUUACUCUUAUUAUUAAUAUUAUUUAAUUGUAUACCACUUUUAAUGAGAUUGACCGAGCGGGAGCUGCCUCUAUUCUGCGGCCGAAUUAGAGUAUAUUGGUAGCGAGCUUUUAUUUUUGAAAGUUUUGUUCUCUUUUUAUGUCUGCUUAGGUUAAAAUAGAUUUUUCAAUUAAAUUGUGUCUUCUCCGAUGCGUCGAACAUGAA